AUGCUCUCUGGUAUCAUUCCCUUGCGCCUCUACAAUUUCUCAUCCUUGUAUCUUUUCAACGUGGCUCUCAACCAGCUGCAGGGUAGCCUUCCACCAACCCUGGGCAAUGCACUUCCUAGACUUAACUAUCUUUGGUUAAGUGGUAACCAUUUUGAAGGACCCAUUCCAGCUUCAUUAGGCAAUGCCACCAGAAUUCUUGAAGCAAGUGAUGCUAACGGAUGGACAUUUCUUGACUCUUUAAACAACUGUAGCUUUUUACAGAAAUUGGGCCUACAAAUCAACCUGUUUGGCGGUAGAUUGCCAAAAUCAAUCACCAACCUCUCCAUAGAACUCCAGCUUCUGGACAUUGGAGGUAACCACAUAUCGGGGAACAUUCCCUCUGGAAUCGAAAACCUGUUCAAUUUGUAUGCAUUAGGGUUUGAGAAUAACCUAUUCACUGGUAAUAUCCCAGAAGAAAUCGGAAAACUUCAGAUGCUGCAGCUUCUUUACUUGCACGACAGCAGGUUAACAGGGACCCUUCCAUCCUCUCUUGGCAACCUCACCCAGUUGAAUAAACUCCGCUUAGACAGUAAUGCCCUUGAAGGACCGAUACCUUCAAGUCUGGGAAAUCUCCAACAUUUAGCAGAUCUGAACCUCUCCCAUAACAGUCUUAGUGGUAGCAUCCCAAAAGAGAUAUUCAACCUUUCUUUCCUGUCAAAUUCUGUGGAUUUUUCUUACAACUAUUUGAUAGGGGAACUACCAUUGGAUGUUGGCAGCAUGAUAAAUCUCAGGGCAUUACUUCUUUCUGGAAACAAGUUGUCGGGUCAGAUACCUGGCACACUUGGCAAUUGUGAGGUCUUAGAAAACCUCUUCAUUGGCAAUAACUUCCUCAAGGGAACCAUUCCUCCAUCUUUGAGUGACAUAAAAGCACUUCAAAGACUCGAUCUCUCGCACAAUAACCUGUCAGGGCCCAUACCUGAAUUGCUAGCAAACUUACACUUUUUGGCAUUUCUCAAUCUAUCUUUCAACCAUCUGGAUGGUGCAGUGCCGACAAAGGGAAUCUUCAACAAUGCAACUGCUAUCUCGCUACUUGACAAUGAUGGGCUCUGUGGAGGUAUACCAGAACUGCAUUUGCCUGCAUGUCCCAGAAAAUCAUCAGAAAAGAGUGGAAGGUCUUAUCUGGUUCGAGUAGUGAUACCAAUACUUUGUACUAUUUCAUGUUUGACACUGAUCAUUCGCUUUGUUUUCUUCUAUUGGAAACAAAAGCCAAGAAAGGACACGAGAUCGCCAGCAUCUUCCUUGGAUGACAAAUAUCCAAAAGUAUCUUACAGGGAAUUGGCUGAGGCAACCGAUGGGUUCUCCUCCACCAAUCUUAUUGGCGCAGGAAGAUAUGGCUCAGUGUAUAAAGGGUCUCUGCUUCGUGGCAACGCAGCUGUUGCUGUGAAGGUUUUUAACCUGAAACAAUUAGGAGCUAUCAAGAGUAUCGUAGCUGAAUGUGAUGCUUUAAAAAUCAUCCGACAUCGUAAUCUAGUCAAGAUCAUAAAAUUGUGCUCUGGUGUUGAUUUUAGAGGUUAUGAUUUCAAAGCUCUGGUUUUUGAAUUCAUGCCUAAUGGGAGCUUAGAGGAAUGGCUGCAUCCAAGAAUCAGUGAGCAGGGAAUGACUUACAGUUUAAAUUUACUUCAGAGGUUAAACAUAGCCAUUGAUGUUGCUGAAGCAAUGGAUUAUCUUCAUCACAACUGUCAGCCAUCAGUUGUGCACUGUGAUCUGAAGCCUAGUAAUGUUCUUCUUGAUGCUGACAUGGUUGCUCAUGUAGGGGAUUUUGGGUUGGCAAAAAUUCUGUGUGAAGCUAAGAGCAUGUCUUUGCAAAAUUCAGCAAAUUCAACAGACGUCAUAAGGGGAACUAUUGGGUAUGUCGCUCCAGAGUACGGGGCAGGGGGACAGGUCUCUUCAUCAGGUGAUGUGUAUAGCUAUGGAAUCCUCCUUUUGGAGAUUUUUACAGGAAAGAGACCAGUUGAUGAUGCAUUUAACAAUGAAUUGACCCUUCAUAGUUUUGUUAACAUGGCAUUUCCUGAGAGGAUCAAGGAAAUCAUUGAUCCAUUGUUGCUGAUCCAAGAUGAUGAUGAUCCGAGAGGAAGGUCUCCUCGGAGACUUCACCAAUGCUUAGAAUCUGUGAUAACAGUCGGCCUCGUGUGCUCAACAUUAUCACUAGGUGAACGAAUGAACAUGAGAGACGUGGCCACUGAAAUGCAG